AUGUUUGCUGAAUUACGUCGCAUGAAUGUGCGCCAAGUUGCAUUUCAAGUUUUAAACAUCAUUACCAUCGUCGCAUCUGCAUUGAUGAUUUGGAAAGGGUUAUCUGUCCUUACCAACACAGAAAGUCCUAUUGUGGUAGUAUUGAGUGAAAGCAUGGAACCUGCAUUCACAAGAGGUGACUUGCUACUGCUUGCCAUGCCAAAGGAUGACCUUGUAAAUGUGAAUGACAUUUGUGUAUUCAAAUUACCUGGGCGUGAGAUUCCAAUCGUCCAUCGAGUUAUCAAACUCCACGAUGACGCCACCACAAGCCAACAGUACCUUUUAACUAAAGGAGACAAUAACUCUGGCGAUGACCGUGGCUUGUAUGAUCGUCGUCAAAUGUGGAUUCAUCGAGAGCAUGUUGUCGGAAAAGUUAAAGGAUUUGUGCCAUAUGUCGGUAUGGUGACCAUUAUUAUGAACGACUAUCCCUGGAUGAAAUUUGCUCUAUUGAGCGUUCUUGCUCUAUUUGUCCUUGUCCAUAGAGAAUGA